GUCUUUAUCAGCGGCUGCCCGGGCGGCAUGGCGGCUCACUCGACCUGCGCUCUCCGCCCAGACCCGUGGAUAAGUAGCUGCAGGUGGCUGGCAGGGGAAUUCCGUCUCCUGCUCCGACAUGGCCAGGACCGGUCUCUGCGACUCCAAGCCUCUGCUGGACUUACACAAGAAGGAGAAGGUGAUGGGAGAGGAUUUAAACAUGGAGAUGAGGAGAAAGGAGAGCCUGAAGCUGCUUCAUUUGUUUCCUACAGCGUUGGGACAGCUUGCAAGAUGGCGACGUCAAAAGGAAAGGAGGAGGCGGAAGAGAGGCGUGCCCCUCUAAGAACAUGGGCUAAUGCCGCUGGGCCUAAAGAUCGCUGGCAGCCGCCAGAGGGAGAUGAGCCUAAGAUGGCCCCUGCCAAGAUGGAGCCUGAGUGCAGAUGGGACAGGAGGUUAUUGGUGUCAACCAGUGAUGACAUCAUCAUGGGGUUUCAUGAGGACAGUCGGACACACACGGCUGGGACUAUGCUUCAUAUCACAGUUCUCCUUGUCCUCCUUUUUCCAUCCUGUGUAGCAGAUGGGUGUCCGGAGGAGCCCCUGCUGCUUUACCCCCAAGGGUUUCCAGGCCUGCACAGCCUCCAGGCGCUGGUGCCCGGCCUGCUGCGGCAUGAAGUGGAGAUAGCCAUGGAGAAACUGGGCCUCAUCUGGGACCGCAGCUAUGCCUGGGACAUCUUCUUGGACAUGAUGAAAAAUCAGUUUCGCAGCUCUUUUCCCAACGCUGACCUGCCUCGGCCAUUCACAGAUGCCACCCGUGCCGUCCUGGUGGAUUGGCUUGUUCAGGUUCAUGAGCUGCUGCAUUUCCAGGAUGAGACCCUGUACCUGGCCAUACACCUCCUCAACCGCUCCCUCCGCCAGAUCAAGGUGUCCACAGUCAACCUGCAGCUCCUCGGCGUGGUUUGCCUCUUCCUUGCUGGCAAGAAGGAAGAGUGUCUCCUACCUGAGGUGUCUGGGCUCUGCUUCUUGAUGGACAACAGCUACAGCAGGCAUCAGCUGCUGAGGAUGGAGCGCAAAGUCCUUUGUGGGCUGAAAUUUGACUUGUCCUACUGUCCCCCUCUGCACUUCCUCUUGCUGUCUGCUUCUAUUGCACGCUGUAGUGCUAAGAUGGUGUGGAUGGCUCGCUAUCUGCUGGAGCUCGCCCUCCUGGAGGGCCAGUGUGUGGUCUUCCUGCCUGUGCAGCUGGCAGGAGCUGCCCUCUGCUUGGCCCGCAGAGUUUUGCAGGAGCCCCCAACACCAGAAGGGGAGGCUGCCUGGUGUCUGGCCUCCAGCAUCCAUGUGGGCAGUGAGACUGCUCUCCUGAAGAUCAUGCACAUCCUGGCAGGUGCUGCAGCUAAGGCCCAUAGCCGAGAAACAUGUGCUACUUUUAUCAAAUUCUCCUCCCCGGAGACCAUGCACGUCAGCAGCCACCCUGGUCUUAGGAAUGCCCCAGGUUUGCUGGGCGUACCUCCUUUACACACCUAACGUCUCACAGGGGGAUUCAAGGUGGAGACAUAGACCAGAAUCAAUUGAGGAUUUCACUCCAUCAAUGAUUAGAACUUUAAGCAUGCUAAUUUAGUAGUCAAUGGAUCCUAAAAAAAGUUGUCAUGGUGAUGGGUGAGGAAGAGGCAUGAGAUCUGGUGCCAGAAUUUUGGAUUGCAUGCAUGUGGUGCAGCCAGCCUCAUGGCACAACUGUUUUAUGCUCUUAUCUUGCAGCUGAUUUAGAAAAUAUUUGUAUUGUACUGAAUGUUGGUCCUUGUGUCAGUUCAGGGAAGGACAUGGGCUGCCUGUCGAGUUAUUUGAGAAGUUUUAAUGUAAAAAUAAAGUGUCUGCUGCAAACAUGGAAAUGCUGAAAUCUGAUUAUUUUGCACAAAGAAUUUGAUCUGGAUAUUUUAAACAGUUUUUUUAAUCACUGCA